AACACAGGUCAUACUGAAAUUUGUAAUGUCUUCAAUUAGAUAUAACGAUGAUCAGUCUGUAUAUGUAUAGCCUGUCUCUUACACAUCGAAUCUGCUCUCAAAAAGUUUGUUUCAUAUGAGCCUGAAUUUUUCCUUACGGCAUUACAUUUUAAAACACAUUGACUACAUAACUAAUGUUUUUUCAGUCUCUUUAUGAAUCCGGCCAAGGUCCAAGCCUACCCCUCCCAGCUGGAGAUACCCAUUCACAAAAUACCCCACGAGGCUCGAUGCGACCCUGGUCGCGUUCUAUUCGAGUGGGAUAAUUUGGGGAAACACCACCCACUUUGGAUUGGGGAGGGGGGUCCAUUUGCACAUCGAGGGGAAUCACAAGGAGAUCAGGCAGACGAAAACCCGUGUAAUCAACAGGUUGAAUUCAGUUCUGCAGAUUUUACCAGCGAUUUGCACCACGGUGCUCGUUUCCCAGCGCAAACAGCGACCGAGCGACGCACUGCGGAUUCACGGAGCCGUCACUGGGGAUGCAAAGGACGGCUCCCGGAAACUUAAACGCAUCACUUACGAAUCUGGCACCCCCCGUUCCUUCUGCAAUGGUUUGGGCCGUGUGAAGCAUGGGUCCAACGCCAGUGACCCUAUCCAGGCUAAGGCUGGGAAGGCUCAGGGUGGUGCGCCGGCGGCUCCUGCAGCGCUAUGAGCACCAGCCUCUGGUGUCAUGCCUUGCCGGGCUCUACGGCUGCCAGUGGCGGCGAUACCAGCGGACACGUGCACCCCCUGGUGGCAGCUGCUGUAACAAGGUGGAGUGUGCCAGCGUGGCACUCCUAGUGGUUACGUUCGGCUUAACCCUGGUGUUCCUGUAUUUCUGGAGUGAAGCUCAGAAUGAUUACAAUGACUUUGACUGGUUCAACUUUGGCAACACGGGCUUCUGGUUUCCCUGGUCGGUGGUGCUCCUGGUCAUCGCUGUGGUGCUUUUUGCUUAUAUCUCCUCGUUGCUGAUGCUUGCUGUGUGUCUGCUCUCGGAGGGUCAGAGGUUGUAUCUACAUUGGGCUCACAAGAUUGGUGUCCUGGUUACACUGACGUUUGCCAUUGUGGCCACAGCGGUACUGUCCGACUUGUGGAGCGGGGAGUGGAGUACUCUCCUGCUCUCUUUCCAGGUCACGGCACCCUACCUCCAUGUGGGCGGAGUCUUAAUGAUGACAGCUUUGUCCUGGCCAAUAGCGUUGCAUUUCUUCCGCAUGACAGGCAGAGUGAGAAGGGCUGCUGUCCUGGGCUUGUUCCUGACUCUGCUCCUUGCUCUCUACCUGGUGCCGCUGGGGAUGUACUCACCCUGCAUCAAGGAAAAGGGCACCCUGGGCCCCGCUCCUACCCUCAUUGGACACAGAGGGGCCCCCAUGCUCGCACCGGAAAAUACCCAGAUGUCCUUCGAGAAAGCAGUGGAACUUGGGGUCCUGGGCUUGGAGACCGACGUUACCAUCAGCUACGAAGGGGUACCGUUCCUGAUGCACGACAGGACCCUGCGAAGGACGACCAACGUGUGGGAGGUGUUCCCCAACAGGACCGAGGAACCAGCAGCCAUGUUUUCCUGGAGCGAACUGGAGCAGCUCAACGCUGGGGCCUGGUUCCUCUCGCGGGACCCCUUUGGCACAGCCUCUUCACUCAACACCGCUGACCGGACCCGAGCCAAGAACCAGUCUGUGUGCACCCUGCGGGCCUUCUUGGACCUGGCAGCUCAGCACGGCCGGCUGGUAAUCUUCGACCUUUACCGUCCGCCCAGGGGCCACCCAUACCGGGAUACCUGGAUCAGCCGUACCUUGGAGGUCAUCCAUAACGAAUCCUCGAUCCGCUCCAACCAGGUGUUGUGGCUGGCCCCGGAGCUGAGGGAGCAGGUGCAGGAGCUGGAUCCUGAGCUCCAGCAGAUAUCAGGAAGCAGGGCUUCGGUGGAGGAGCUGCAGAAGAAGGAGAUCACCAGGCUCAACCUGCACUACAGCUCCAUGUCCCAGGAGCAGAUUAGCAAUUAUGCCGCAGCUAACAUCAGCACCAACCUGUAUGUGGUGAGUCAGCCCUGGCUCUACUCGCUCGCCUGGUGUGCAGGCGCUCAUUCCGUCACUACCAACGCACCCCAGGUGCUCCGUGACCUCCUGCAUCCGCUCUUCCUCAUGACCCAUGAAAAGUAUCGCUUGAUGUGGCUCCUUACAGACGUUGUGUCCACAGUGCUCAUAUUUGUGUUCUUCUCUUUUCACUGGUGGAGGGAGCGGGGUCUGGCUUUUUGCACAGGUAGCAGGCAGACACAAGAAAAUGGGCUCUACAGCAAGUUUCGGACAGAGAUGAGCGACGUGUGGUCUGUUUCCAGCGUUCAUGCACAUGCAGAGGGGCGAAGCCCGCCAGUCACCCCCAACCUGUCUGUGAUCUCAGAAGUGCAGGAGCCCUCUCUCUGAGCAGGGUCAAAGCCUACAGAAACAUCUCCGUCAGAGAUCUCACCAUACACCACCUUCUGGAACUCAGUCGAAGAUGAACCUAGCUUUCAUUGAGCUGCUGAGUUGAAUCUUAUAUUAGCAAGGUGCGCAGUCUAUUGCUGUACUGGGAGGGUCAUGAACAAAUACCAAUGCUGCUUUAUCAAUUAAGUUGGUCCAGUAACAUCAAGCAUGACUCUAGCACUUUUCCUCCCCGUAUGAGUAUACAUUUGACCCUCUGUCAAUGUGUGGAGGCCCCUAAUGGUUCUUCUGAACAUGUUUAUUAUAGAAACCAUAAGUGUAGUUCUCAGCCCCAACAGAUGUUCUGCCAAGAGUAAUUAAUUUAGGAUAGUUUGCCAUCUCCCAAAUCCUAAUUUUGGCCAAUAUAUUAAAUUACUGAACAGUGCCAGGGCUGAUUCUUAGGAAUUAUAACAUGCCUGCAACUUUUCAUUUGCAUUGUUGAUGGAAGAGGACAUGGGAAGAGGGGAGACCUUAAGCCAAUAUCCCCCUAGUUAGUACUCUUGGAAGUAUUUCUUGAUGGGACUUGUAGUCAAGAUAUAGACUUUGCGGAGUAUACUCAGACGAGUUCUGGACUUCAACUCCCAUCAGUAUUGCUGUAUAAAACCUCUGCAGAGGUGAGUCCCUGCAUCCUGUGUAAUGCACAACUUUUCUAAUGUACUAAAAUUGAUACUUUAAGGCGUCAUUUGUUUUAUACAUGUGUCUGUUUCUCCAAAGUCAGGCCACACACAGUCCAGCGAAAGAGAGACAUCAUCACUCUGAUCCGCCUGUCGUGACAUUAAUUGACUCAAUGUGCAGACAUUUUUGAGCAUUAAAAAGGAAAUGAAAACAA